GGCUGUCCGCACACUCUGCCCGCAGCCCCACUCCGCGCCGCCGACCCCCUGACACCGCGCCCAGCGCCGGGGCAGCGCGUCCCGGACCCCGAGCUUGGCGCGCCCCCGUCGGCUUCCGGACCCCGUUCCUUGCGCCCCUCUCCGGGACCCUGCGACCCGGCUCCUGGACUCCAGGUGCCCCUGGGUCCCCGGCCAGCGGCGAGCCCUAUGGCUCCCCAGGGGGGUGAGGUGGGAGCAGCCUGAGUACCCCGAGCCGGUGCCCCAUCCACGCCCCUCCGGGCCGCGCGGCGGGAGUCAUCGGGGAGCUAUGCUGAAGCCGGGUAGUGCGGAGGAAGCCGCGCAGCUCCCCCCUCGGCGCACCCGCGCCCCUGUCCCCGCGCUCGCGCCAGGACCCGCGGCCCCCGACGGCUCUCGGGCUUCGGCCCGCCUCGGUCUUGCCUGCCCGCUGCUGCUGCUGCUGCUGACGCUGCCGGCCCGCGUAGACACAUCCUGGUGGUACAUCGGGGCCCUGGGGGCGCGAGUGAUCUGUGACAAUAUCCCUGGCCUGGUGAGCCGGCAGCGGCAGCUGUGCCAGCGGUACCCAGACAUCAUGCGCUCAGUGGGCGAGGGCGCCCGAGAAUGGAUCCGGGAGUGUCAGCACCAGUUCCGCCACCACCGCUGGAACUGCACCACGCUGGACCGGGACCACACUGUCUUUGGCCGCGUCAUGCUCCGAAGCAGCCGGGAGGCAGCAUUUGUAUAUGCCAUCUCGUCAGCGGGGGUGGUCCAUGCUAUCACCCGCGCCUGCAGCCAGGGUGAACUGAGUGUGUGCAGCUGUGACCCCUACACCCGUGGCCGACACCAUGACCAACGCGGGGAUUUUGACUGGGGUGGCUGCAGUGACAACAUCCACUAUGGUGUUCGCUUUGCCAAGGCCUUUGUGGAUGCCAAGGAAAAGAGGCUUAAGGAUGCCCGGGCCCUCAUGAACUUACAUAACAACCGCUGUGGUCGCACGGCCGUGCGGCGGUUUCUGAAGCUCGAGUGUAAGUGCCAUGGCGUGAGCGGCUCCUGUACUCUGCGCACCUGCUGGCGUGCACUCUCAGACUUCCGCCGCACAGGUGAUUACCUGCGGCGGCGCUAUGAUGGCGCCGUGCAGGUGACAGCAACCCAGGAUGGCGCCAACUUCACAGCAGCCCGCCAAGGCUAUCGCCGUGCCACCCGGACUGACCUUGUCUACUUUGACAACUCCCCAGACUACUGUGUCUUGGACAAGGCUGCAGGUUCCCUUGGCACUGCGGGCCGUGUCUGCAGCAAGACAUCUAAAGGGACGGAUGGUUGCGAAAUCAUGUGCUGUGGCCGAGGGUAUGACACAACUCGAGUCACCCGUGUCACCCAGUGUGAGUGCAAAUUCCACUGGUGCUGUGCUGUGCGAUGCAAGGAGUGCAGAAACACUGUGGACGUCCACACUUGCAAGGCCCCCAAGAAGGCAGAGUGGCUGGACCAGACCUGAACAUAGAAAUACCUCACUCAUCCCUCUACUUCAAACCUCCUGACUCAAAAGCACAAGAUCUUUGCAUGCACACCUUCCUCUACCCUCAACUCUGGGCUGCUACAGUUUCUAUUUAAGGACUUGGAGAGUAAUCCAGAAGGACUCUCGUGUCCUGACUGGUUCCUUAGCCCUGGGAAGGAGUUGACAGGGGAUCUAAGAAAUUGAAUGGCUCCCUGACUGCCACCUUGGGAGGUUAGAAGGGAGAGUGGAAGAGGGAGGGGUCUUCAGAGUGAUAGAAGUUGCACUAAAGCACAUGGUCAAGGCUCAUCUUUCCUUUCCUUUGCACCGGCUUCCUGACACUUCUUGUGUGUGCAAGAGGAAGGGUACCUGGGGAGAGCUUCUUUGUGUUCCUACCUGACUGAGGGGAGAUGGGACAGAGAUGAAACCACAUCUCUUCCCUGGGUCAGUUUGAGCAGACUGCCUGGUACCCCAAAAGAAACUCUUAGGCUACAUCCUUCUUCCAUUAUCAAGAGUCUGGGAUUGCUAGAUAAGAGUUAGCCAUAGUGGACAAGGUUCCAUUCACAUGCUCAUAGGUUUAUAAACUGCUGUAUUUUGUAGGGGAAAAAAAUUAUAUGACUACACAAACAUACAUUCUCGUCCAAUCUCCCGCCUCUUUUCAACCUAUAUCAGACAGCAUGUUGGUCACUCGCCUCUUAUUCACCUGCUGCCUAUUCAAACCGAGUGGCAUGUAGUGAUUCUUAUGCCUAACAGAUCAUUUAGUAAGCCUGCCUAGGCCUUGGGAUUUGAUUUUUUUUUUUUUUUUAAGUUCCUAUGCAUUAUUCUAGAGGUCAGCCAGGUUUGGGAAAUACUCAGUAAAAGGUAUGGGACUCAUGGGGGGUGGGAGAGGGUAGCAGGUCUGAUCUCAAGGGCCCCACAUGAGGCAUCAGUGUAUACUAGGCAGGUAUACUAGGCAGGGAUCUCUGGCUUGGGCAAUUUUUAGGAGAGGAUCCUGGUCUUCAAAGCUGGGAAUGGAAGCCAGUGGCUACAGAGGGAAGGAGAGCUGGGGCUUGGGGCCAAAAUGGUAAACAGCUCAGAAAGCAGCCUUACCCCAUUUAUUCAACAAAUUUUUUUUUUUAGUGACUCUCCAAGUCCUGGUGAUUAUUACUGUUCACUCCAUCUUUGGCUUAAAUAGGGGAGAUCCUUCUAUGCUACUUCCCGCUGCCUAAUUAAGCUUGCAGUAGAGGAGUCUCCAGGGAUGGUAGACUGAGUAAGCUAGAGGCUAGGACAUGGAGUCCCCAAAACCGUCCUGUCCUGUUUUUAUGUGACUCAGACAAUGGCUAUCUCUUGCCUGGUGAUACUGUAAAAGACCAAAGUGGCAUAGAAAUUCGCAGUCAUGACAGACCUGGGUUGAAAUCACAGCUGUGCCAUUUACUGUUUUUGAUAUUUUGAGCAAGAUACCCACCCACAUUCUCUGAGCCUUUAUCGUCUCCUCUGUAAAGCGAGGUUACAAACCUAUCUCAGAUAUUGAGUUUUAAUUAUGACCCCCAU